CUAAUCGUUAUUGUGAAACAAAAUUUGGGAAAAAGUUAUUUUAAUAACACGUAGAGACAAGGACAAUAUUGAGCAGAAGCUGGAAACUGGCAGUAACUAGAACUCGUUUUACGAAGAAGUAAAGGCGCCCACACGGCAUGGAUAACUCGACAUUCACAUCUAGUACUAUGCUUUGUGGCUCUUUGAUUACUCCACAUGCUACAGCAAGAGCCUGUACCGCAGUGGCUACAAUAAGUGAUGGAAACACAAGCCUACAAGCUCCAAAAAAAGAAAUUUCGACAAUUUUUAGCCCAAGGGGUUCUCCAAUGGUGACGUCAUAUCAAGAAAAUGGAACACGCAUGCGGAGAAAAACUGGAAGUCCUAGGAAUGAGUCGAACGAAGUUAUGGUCGGCGAAGCAUUCCCUUCGACUGAAGAUAAAAUAAGUCAAAGCCGAGUAUCAGACCUCAAUGAGCCACCAAGCGGUUCAAAGCCGUCAGAUUUCACAUUUUUUGCGGGAAAUUCGACUCUGCAUGGGAUAAACCAUAUUUUUGUUGACGGGAGAUGGACACUGCGAAGGUUGCUUUGGGGAGCGGCGUUCUUUACCUCAUUAGGACUGUUCCUGUUACAGGGUUACGACAGGUAUGCUUACUACGUUUCAAAGCCACAUGUAACUAAACUUGAUGAGCUUGAAGCAAAAAUCAUGGAUUUUCCCGCCAUAACGAUCUGCAACAUGAACUCGUUUCGAUUCAGUCAAGUAACAACAGAUGAUUUUUAUUAUGUUGGAAGACAAAUAUUCGAGCUUUUUGACGAUGACUAUAAUUUGAGGGAUGGUUACAGGGACGACAAGACUUGGGGCACAGUGCUGAAAAAAAUUCAACCAAUAUUGAGUCAGAAAAACGAUUUUCAACCUAGCAAAAAAGAUUUCAAUAUGUUUGAGUUUUAUAAUCGAACAGGGCAUGCUCUUGAAGCGACUAUUCUACAAUGCCGGUACCAGGGAAUCAACUGUGCACGUUUAAAGGAUUGGCAUGUCGUUUUCACAAGAUACGGGAAAUGCUACACUUUCAACUCUGGCGUUCAGUAUUCUCCUCUAACAACAUUGAAAGGCGGUAUAGACAAUGGUCUCGAACUUCUACUUGACACACAGCAAAAUGAAUACAUGCCUGUGUGGGACGAAAACGACGAGAUCUCGGUAGAAGCAGGGUUCAAAGUUCAGAUCCACGUUCAAGGGGAACCCCCUUUUAUUCAUGAACUUGGGUUCGGGGUGUCACCAGGAUUUCAGACGUUGGUCGCAACUCAGGAACAAAGAAUCACCUUUCUUCCAGCUCCUUACGGCGAAUGUGUGGAAGAGUUCGAUAGAAAGAAGCACUUUCAUUUUAAUGAUUACAGCAUAUCAGCAUGCAGGAUCACCUGUGAAACCAACUUUGUGCUGGAUAACUGUAGCUGCAGAAUGAUACAUAUGCCAGGUAAUGCAACAUUCUGUGACCCAGAGCAGUACAAGAUCUGCGCAGACAAAGCGCUUGACUAUUUGAUGGCGAAAGACAUGAAAAUCUGUGUUUGUAAAACUCCUUGUCUGGUGACCAGAUACAAUCUGGAAACAUCGACACUGCGGUUACCAAGCACACAAGCAGCAAGUUAUCUGGCUUAUAAGUACAAUGUUUCUGAAACUUACGUCAGAGAUAACUUUGUCAAACUGAACGUCUUUUUCGAAGCUUUGAACUACGAAACCAUUGAACAAAAAGUUGCGUACGAAGUUGCUGCAUUGCUUGGUGAUAUCGGAGGUCAGAUGGGCUUGUUCAUUGGUGCCAGUAUCUUAACCAUUCUGGAGCUUUUCGACUACGUUUAUGAGUUUAUCAAGGACAAAACUUGGGGCCGAAAUCUACGCAGAGCAAGAAGAGAAGCAGAACAACAGGCUUCUAUCGCUGCAACAACAUCAUUACUUGUUGAAAAGAGCGAAAAAGACGCAGUCAGCAACAUUAUGUCACCGUCAGCACAGUAUCACGCGGUACCCGGGACUAUAGCUAUGACAUUUCCGCAGCAGCGACCCAACCAUUUUAAUGGUAUUGGCGCCACGCCACCACGUCACGGCAUCCCUGUCUACAGUACGCAGCCACACCAAUACAUAAACCAGUCACGAAGCAUGCCAUACAGUGGUACCAUGCCUUACAAAUCCUCACUUAACUAUAGCGCGAACCAAAAUUCCCAGCGUGGGUCGAGAUACGCUGCAGAGGAGCCAAUGCCGCCCCCACCCCCACAGUAUUUGGGUCAAUCAAUGAUGACCCUUCGAGGGGAUUGUGGCGUGCCUGAAAUGGCCCUGACCAAGCGUUACAACGGAAGAGUCAUGGGAGAUGAAGGGCCCGUGAAACAAGCCUUAGUUACAAUGAUCUCUUACAUCUGGCCGAACAUGAUCCAAACAUAACUGAGGACGACGAUGACGGUGAUUAUCAUCCAAGACAUGGCAACCAUGUAUCUCAGCUUGCGGCCUACACAGCUGGUCUGGCAACCCUCCCACAUUUCAGAGGCGGUUUCGAUUCUGUAUCAACUGCAGUUGCUAUGGACGACUAUCGCCUUCAUUCCACCAAGUAGACCGCCAACGACACGCCUAUUCCCACAAUUUUGAUCACUCGCGUUCUCCAACGAAAGUCGACUACUCCAAAACAUUGGAAACCGAUAUACAUUAACGUUUGUAUUCCGGUUCAAGUUUAUUACUUUUACUCGAACAGAGGCAAACAAUGACGUCACAAGUGUUCAAUGACGACACUUGUGACGUCACAUAAACUAUUGAUAAAGUUUCUUCAGAUAAUAAACACAAAUCACAUUCGCAUGUCAUUGAUAUUAUGACCUCAAUUUAUUGCGUCGUUGCCAUUUGAUGACGUCAUAAAUGAGAACAGACUGAUUUUCUUUGCGAGACAAAGUGUAUUGCAUUCUUCCAUACUUCGAAAUAAGCUUUCCGCUUAUAACCCCGGUGCACGUUUUAACUGAAAAUCGGAGCUUAGGAUAUGGAAUAAAUAUAGAAAACAAAAGAUGUACCAAACUUUCAGUGGAGAUUGAGUAAGACUGAAUGCUUAUCCUUCCACUAUGUUUAUUCGCUGCUAAAGUGAGUCAAGAGUCUUGUGCACUAACACAAAUGUGUUUCUGAAUUUUUGCGGGUCCAACUACUUGUUCUUUUAUAUGCCUAUGCGCAAGUGAAUCCCGUAUGCGUAUGGAUGUUGAAGCAAGAAUAAAAUUGACUGUUCCAUUUGAAUCGUGAAUCUUGCUGCACGAUAACACAAUUGUAUUCAUGCGAGACUAAGUACAUAUUCCUCUUUGGUCCGUAUUCCUAUAAAGCGAGGAUGCUGUAGCAGAAAUAAAUAUUGCUGUUCUAUUUGUUAAGAGUCUUGCAGGGAUAUAUUUGUCUUGGAAAGUCUGACUUUGGCCAAGUGAAACGUUUCAGGAAUACAUUUGCGCUAGCGUGCAGCAAGACUCUUUAAACCAGUGCUUCCUAGCUCUUUUCGCUGUGAACUUCCAAAUUUAUAUUUAAAGUCGUAUGGACUUCGGAGUGUUUAUUGAAGAUAUCAAAGUUUAAUGAUUUGCUGUCUUAAAAUAACUUGGCUGAUUAAUUUGGGUUCCACGUUGGGAAGCCCUGCUUUAUAAACACAUACAAAUAUUCAUAUUAAUAGCGUCAAAAUUUUUCGAUCAAAUUUUGAUUAAUAAUCGCCAUAAAAGUGAUUUUCCGAUGUCGUUGUUUAUGAAAUAGUACGACGGAACACAAUUUUGGUCAUGUUACUUUAACAAGUUUGAGUUUUAUUCGCUAAAAAUGGAGAUUUGGAAUGUUUUUUUUUAUUAUUCGUCAUUUUGAAAUAUUGGUUAUAUCAGACUCUGUAAUUGCAUAUUUGAUCACUUAUUUUGAUAGCAUUUAUUGUCGAAAUUCAUUUAUUGAAUUAUUUAUUUCUUUGCUUGAGUUCCAGAUAAAGCAUACAUUGUAAAAAAAAUCAGCUGCUAUUGACGUGGAUGCCGUAACGCCAUAGUAUUAAAGCUUCAUAUUAUAAAACAUAUGGUCCUCACCCCCGCACAUCAGCGUGCGCUGGCCAGUCAUAGGCGUAACAAGCCAAAUUUUUCAAAUUUGCAAUAAGAUAUUCAUGCGCCCUUUUCAAUACCAUUUCACUCUAUUUUUGGAUGACUUACUGAAAACGGGACAUUUUCUGGAUUGCUAUCAAUAAUCCGUUCACCAAAUGAACCGAACGAGAUAGAGGAAAAUGCGUGCUUUUAUCUGGCUCCGUUCGAAGAAGCACCAGUAAACGUCGUAUUACGUCAUAAAACAAAAAAUGGGCAAACUACGCUCUAGAAGGCUAUAUAUUCAUAAUAAUCAUACAUGAAACCGCGUGCCCCGGUAACAUGUGCUGUGGCGACUAUGCCCGGAUGCUCAACGCAGUACGUUUCUAUAGAAGAUAACGACACGCCUGCCAUUGAAAUGGGCACCGUAUCACAGAGUACGAUUCUCGUUACCCUUGUGAGCAAGUCUCUGUAAUUAUUCCUAGUUCAAUACAACGGAUUUAUAUUUAUCGUAUAUUUCUUGAUCUCGCUGCUUUAUCUAUUUGUGUAAUAUUCGUUUGUGUAUUUGUGCAGCUUUUUUGCAUUUUUUUGUCACACUUGAAAUUAAAAUAUAGAUUGUUU